UGGUCUGCGGUGGGCGGGGCUUCGCGGCGCGCCCCGGCGGGCGGUGGCGGCGGCGGUGGCGGCGGCGCGGGCCCCAUGUGGCGGACGCUCGCCCUCGCCUCCGCCUUCUUCCCGGGGCUCUUCGCCCUCUGCAGCCGGGCGCUGCGCUGGGCGGCCCCGGCAUGGAGCAUCCGAGACCGCGUCCUGCUCAGCGGCAGGCUGGUGUCGACGGUCCAAGCCACGAUGGCGACGGUGUCGGGGCUCACGGUGGUGCUUAGCUGCGGGGACGUGGUGCGAGACAGGCACUGGCUGGCCGUGGAGUACAUCUGGGUCCUCGUUCCCUACAUGACCUACGACAUCUACGUCAUGUACCUCUGCCACUGGCACAAGAGCCAGGAGAAGGGCAGAGCGGAGAAGAAGCACUCGCUGGCCAGCGUGUGGAGCUUCCUGCUGCAGGAGCGGCUCAUGGUGACCCACCACCUCUUCAUCCUCAUCGUGCUCACCCCCGUCGCCCAGCACUUCAGGGGAGAGCUGGGGGAUUUCUUCGUGGGCUGCAUCUUCACGGCAGAGCUGAGCACGCCUUUUGUAUCCCUGGGCAAAAUCCUCAUGCAGCUCAAGAUGCAGGACACGCUCCUGCACAAGGUGAACGGGAUCCUCAUCCUGGUGACUUUCUUCCUCUGCCGCAUUCUCCUCUUCCCCUUCAUGUACGCGGCCUACGCCAGGCAGGCGGGGAUCCCGGUGUACCUGGUGCCUUUCCGCAUCCCCCUGCACUGCAACAUCGCCAACGCCUCCCUCCUCGCCCCACAGCUCUACUGGUUCGGGCUCAUCUGCCGCAAGGCCGCCCGACUCUACGGCCGCUCGCCCGCCGAGAAGAGCAGGUAAUGGCCGGCAGAGGCAGCCGAGCACGGGGGCUGGAGAAGGGUUUGUGUGUGUGUGUGCGUGUCCCCGGCUCUUCUGCCUCCACGGCCAGCGCUGCAGGGAGCGGAGCGGGGGCAGAGCAGCAGAAGCAUCCACACCGCGAGUCUCCACCGCCGUGCCAGGCGGCGCCGGCCGCAGCCGGGGGGACUUUCUGGGGGAAAUUUCCUCCCACGUUGCUCC